AUGCGCUGCGAUUCUUUCCUCUGCCAGUCGUCGGACCGCAUGCUGGGUUCCUCCCCCUGCAAGCCUAGCCCUUAUCCCCGCCUUUUCCCACCGAGGAGCCUUAGCUACAGUCUUUCAGCUGUUGUAGGAAGAGAGAAGGAGAAAGGGAGGAGGCUAGGGCGGGAGUGGGGGCUGUCACCCUCAGACCCCGGCGUGAGAGGGGCAGUGCAGCCGGACGUCCUCGGGGUGGGCCCCCUGUCGGUGGCCGAAGACCUGGGGGUCAGGCCUCUGGGUCCCAAAUUUCCGGGCUUUGCCCCUCGCUUCAGCCUUCAUAUUCCAGAUAUCCGGGACUGGGGUCCCAGCCUCUUUAAACCUGGGUUUGUGUUUCAUAGAAUUUCAGAUAUCUGGGACUCAGAACCCUGCGUGCACCAGUAUCUGGGGUUCAUUGCCCAGGCAUUUAAAUAUCGGGUUCGGUUUCUUCCUUUUCAUAUAUACGGGGUUCAGACCGCACAAUCAGAAAUCCGGGAUUCAACAACUGUCUCCUUCGAGGAGGGGGAGGACUGGACAGAGAGGUCAGAUCAGGUUGUCACCCCUUCCCCUCCAGAGGAGGCUUCCCGGGCCCGCCCCUCAAGAAGGGCGAAAGCCGAGGAAGAGGUGGCAAGGGGAGAGGUCUCCUUGCCCCUCUCCCUGCUUGGCAGAGCCGCUGGAGGACCCCAGGCAGAAGCGGAGGCGCUGGGGCACCAUAGUGACCCCUACCAGGGUGUGAGAGGUUGA